AUGUCGAAAUCUCUACCGUACUCAGUGAAAGAUGUUCAUUACGACAAUGCCAAGUUCAGACAUCGGUCUCCUUUGCAGCUUCUUUCUCAAAGCUUGCUCACUCUUGGCACUAAACGCAACUACGCAAGUUGUAGCACGGGGAAGUUCCUAGUAUUAGUAUUGUUCUUUGGAUUAGCAUGUCUGUUGCUGAUGAGUAGGGGUUCAAGUGAUUCUGCUCCUAAUGAAAAAGGAAAGGUCACUUUUGUUGGGGGCCUUAGGCUAGGGAGACUUUUGAGAAAGCCGCCUAGGAUUCCACCUCGAUUAUCACCUGACGAAGGGCUACUAAAAGGCAGCAAUGGCUCAAAUUCUGACCCAAAAUGGGCAGCAAGACAGCAAAGUGUGAAGGAUGCUUUUGACUAUGCAUGGUCUGGCUAUAGAAAGUUCGCCAUGGGUUAUGACGAGCUUAUGCCUAUUAGCCAGAAAGGCGUGGAUGGCCUAGGAGGCCUUGGUGCCACUGUGGUGGAUGCUCUUGAUACAGCCAUGAUAAUGGGUCUUGAUAAUAUCGUUUCUGAAGCAGGAUCAUGGAUUGAGGCUCAUCUCUUGGAGAGGAUCAGUCACAAAGGUCAAGUUAAUCUGUUUGAAACCACAAUACGUGUUAUGGGUGGGCUUCUAAGUGCGUACCAUCUGAGUGGAGGAGAGCAGGGUACGAUGAACGUGACCCAUAAUGGACCCAAACCAGCUAUCUAUCUAAACGUUGCUAAGGAUUUGGGUGACCGUCUACUCUCAGCUUUUAAUUCCAGCCCUACGCCAGUCCCCUAUAGUGAUGUCAUUCUGCGUGACUCAACCGCUCAUCCAGCUCCAGGUGGAAUGAGCAGUACAGCCGAGGUUGCCUCCGUACAGCUUGAAUUUAACUACCUCAGUGAACUUUCUGGGGAUCCAAAGUAUAGUACAGAGGCCAUGAAGGUCUUAGCUCAUAUAAAAACUCUUCCAAAGACAGAAGGUCUUGUUCCAAUCUACAUAAGCCCUGAAACAGGUGAAUUUGGUAGUGAGAAUAUCAGGUUGGGGUCUCGUGGGGAUAGCUACUAUGAGUAUUUAAUUAAGGUGUGGCUUCAGCAAGGAGCCAAGUUGGACAGUAAUUUCACGUAUUUGCAUGACAUGUACCUGGAGGCAAUGAAAGGAGUUAGGCAUUUGCUUGUGCGUAAAUCAAUUCCAAAAGGUCUGGUUUUCGUAGGGGAGUUACCUUAUGGCUCUAAAGGAGAAUUCAGUCCAAAAAUGGAUCAUCUGGUGUGCUUCUUGCCUGGUACUCUUGCGCUUGGUGCUACCAAGGGACUCACAAAGGAAAAAGCCCUGAAGGAGAAUCUCUUAUCCUUUGAGGACCUUGAAAAUUUGAAACUUGCAGAAGAAUUAGCAAAAACAUGCUUUGAGAUGUAUGAUGUAACUGCGACUGGCCUUGCUCCAGAAAUUGCUUACUUUCACACAGAGGAUUACUCUGAGGAUGGUCUUGAAGGAGGGAACAAGAGUUCAAUGUAUGCAAAAGACAUAAUCAUAAAGCACGCUGAUCGACAUAAUCUACUUCGCCCUGAAACUGUGGAAUCACUCUUUGUCCUCUAUCGUAUCACAAAAGAUACAAAAUACAGAGAUCAAGGUUGGCAGAUAUUUGAAGCAUUUGAAAAGUACACGAAGGUGAAAUCAGGUGGAUACACAUCAUUAGAUGAUGUAACUGAAGUGCCUCCUCAUAGGAGAGAUAAGAUGGAGACGUUUUUCCUUGGUGAAACAUUGAAAUACUUAUACUUGCUCUUUGGAGAUGACUCGGUGAUACCAUUGGAUAAGUAUGUUUUCAACACUGAAGCUCAUCCAUUGGCAAUAAGAAACACCUGA